AUGGCGAGUGGCAUGCGGGCUGCUCAGCUGCCACCAAACCUCGCCCUCUGCCGCGGUUCUUGUCGGCACUGGAUUGUCGCCGCCGGGGCCAACAGCGAGAGCUACCAGUGCUUCUGCCGCGCCCAGGGACAGGCAAGCGGGCGUCACGGCUCCACUGCCUCGACGCCUCCUCCCUCACACGCCGCGGCGAGGUUCCGCCCCGAUCACCUGCUCCCCGGGGACUGGAGCGCGCUGCUGCGGCACUGCCGCCGCCUGACCUCGCCGCACGGUAGCUUCAGUUACUCCUCCCCGGGAGACGCGGCCGCCGCCGAAGCGGCCGAAGCGGACUCGACUGCGGAGGUGGUGAAUUUG